GCUAUGCCACGCUCACGCCCGGGACACCGGCCUGCGAGCUGCCGACCCGGAAAAGCCCCACGUUCCGUCUUCCCCCAGGGCGAUGUGCCGCCGUCCUGCCCUCCCUCUCCGGGCCUCGCACCCCUGGGGCCCCGAUCGCCCCAACAUCCACACCCCAGCCCACCCGGCUCCCACCUUCUGCAGUGGAGAGCGCCUCACUUGACGCCCGCCUCCGGGCGCGGGAUUGCGUAACCCGACAGCUCGCUCGCGUGUUGUUUUGCUCAUCCGUGCAGUGGGUUUUGGCUCUCACCAUGGCCAUCACUCAGUUUCGGUUAUUUAAAGUUUGUACCUGCCUAGCAACAGUGUUCUCGUUCCUAAAGAGACUAAUAUGCAGAUCUGGCAGAGGAAGGAAAUUAAGUGGAGACCAAAUCACUUUGCCCACCACAGUUGAUUAUUCGUCUGUCCCUAAGCAGACAGAUGUGGAGGAGUGGACUUCCUGGGAUGAAGAUGCACCCACAAGUGUGAAGAUUGAAGGAGGGAAUGGGAAUGUGGCAACACAACAAAGUUCUCUGGAACAGCUGGAACCUGACUAUUUCAAGGACAUGACACCAACUAUACGGAAAACACAGAAAAUUGUCAUUAAGAAGAGAGAACCAUUGAAUUUUGGUAUCCCCGAUGGUAGCACAGGUUUUUCCAGUAGAUUGGCGGCUACACAAGACAUGCCUUUCAUUCAUCAGUCAUCAGAAUUAGGUGACUUAGAUACCUGGCAAGAAAAUACCAAUGCAUGGGAAGAGGAAGAAGAUGCAGCCUGGCAAGCAGAAGAAGUUCUGAGGCAGCAGAAAAUUGCAGACAGAGAAAAAAGAGCAGCAGAACAACAAAGGAAGAAAAUGGAGAAAGAGGCGCAGCGUCUGAUGAAGAAGGAGCAAAACAAAAUCGGUGUGAAACUUUCCUAACACACGCUCGCCUGUCACAUCCCAGUGCCAGUAGGAGAAGCCUGGGCCUGCAGCCUACAGGACAAGCAUUUGUAUGGACUGGAGAUCAUUUCAGAAUACAAACACUGCUUGAUCUUAAUGUGUUUGAGCCAUCCAGGACACCAGGAUUCUCCCCCAAUACCUUGAACUGUUAGUAAUCAAGACUCAAAACUCAAAAAUAAUGAGACAAUUAUUUUCUUCAACAUGUUCCAAAUAUAAGACAGUUGUUUGCUGUACAGAAGUUAUUUCAAGUGGAAUAUACCAGACCAGUACCUCUCAAGCUAGUGUUUCUAGCUGAAUAAAUUGGGUGUAAAUAAUUUUAUGGUAGAAAAGUACUCUGCUAUCUAUUAUGCUUUCAUUCAUUGUGCAUAAUUAUAAAAUAAUUUUAAUAGUCUUUGUUUCCAUGAUCACUUGACGUAAAUUAAACAAAAUGUAAGUAGGGCUUUAUACCCUCCUUAAUUUUGUUUUCAGGUAGUGUUGACAUACAUUUUCUAUAAUUUGAACUGGCGUUGUUUGGUACAACAUUAAGGAAUAUGAUGAUUUGGAUUUUCAAGAAAAAUAACAUUAAAUGCAAUAAUUUUAUUUAUCAAAUAUUUUGUAUAUCCUUAUUUUCUUUUGGAUGGUAUUGUAAUGUUAUACAGAGCUGUAAUUUAUAUUGCAUGUAUAAAUGUUGAAAAUCAGCUGCAAUGACAAGUUUGUGUGACGAAGAACUAGGAUUAGUAGCUUUUCCCUUUCAUUACAGAUGUCAAAAUGUUAACAGUGUCUUUAAGAACCAUAGUUCUUCAUCCUUCUUAAAAGCCAUUAAUUUUCAAAUGCUGAAAGACUUCAGUUUCAUUUGAUUUUUUAAAAAGUGAUUCUGGAAGAUUUCUCUCUUUUUUUUUUUUUUGUUUGUUUGUUUUAAUAUCUUACAUAAUGCAGGGUACCUAUACAUUUGGCUAGAUAACAUUACUGAUUCAUUACAAACCAAGUUAUAAUUUUUUUGUUGGUGAUACUGAUUGACUUGUCUAAAGAAAUAAUUGCAUAUUGUGUUUUAUGGGGGAAAAUCAUAUCUCACAGUUUAAAAUGAAUACCAUUAAAUUUUCUCCACAAUUGAAAUAUAA